CGAACACAACAUUUAUUUCUUGUCUGACACGAUUUCAGCGCACUGUAAAGUCAACAUUCCAAGCUAACAGAAAUGGAGGAGAGAAGCUGUGAGAUUCCUGUGGACAAGCUCCUGACGGUACACCCUGAUAACGAGGCAACCCUAAGUGAGGACCAGAUGCAGACAGCAGACACGAGAAGGCAGCAGGACAAGGAAAGGGAGAGUCCAUGUGAGGAAACCUGCAGUGUAGGCUCUACCCAGUCUGAUAACGAAACAGACAGCAGAGAGGAACAGACAACAGGCACGGGAAGGCAGCAGGACAAAGACAAGGAUGACGACAUUAAGUGCGAGGAAACGUAUGGGUUAGACUCUGGAAACGUACAUGUACAAGUCCGUGCAGAGCAGACGGACAGGCUUCCAAAGAAACGCUACAAAUGUACUGAGUGUGACUAUAGGGCAAUCUCAAUUUCUAGCCUAUUAAUGCAUACAAGAAAACAUACAGGUGAGAAACCCUAUAAAUGUGACCAGUGCGAAUACUCUAAUGCAUGGAAAGGCCAUUUAGGCCGGCACAUGGCUAAACAUACUGGAGAGAAACCCUACAUUUGCGGGGAGUGUGGACACAGAACAUGCGACAGAUCUGCAAUGUUCGUACAUAUGAGAAGACACGCAAAUUACAAGCCGUAUAAAUGUGCCCAGUGUGAGUAUUCAACUGUGCGAAAAUGUGACUUGGACCGACACAUGACUAAACACUCUGGUGAAAAACCCUACAUGUGCGGGGAGUGCGGAUACAGGACGGCUGAGAGGUCUCGCCUAGUCGAACAUAUGACAAAACAUACAGGUAGCGAGCCCUAUGAAUGUAGCACGUGUGACUAUUCGACUGUACGAAAAAGUGAUUUGAAACGACACAUGACUACACACUCUGUCGAGAAGCCCUACAUGUGUGGGGAGUGCGGGUACAGGACGACUGACAUGUCUCACUUAGCCGUUCACAUGAAAAGACAUACAGGAGAGAAGUCGUACAAAUGUGACCAGUGCGACUAUUCUGCUGCGCGGAAAGACUUUUUAGACCGACACAUGGCUAAACACUCGGGUGUAAAACCCUACAUGUGUGGUUAUUGCGGGUACAGGACAGCAGACAAGUAUUACAUAGCCGCACAUAUGAGAAGACAUACAGGUAGCAAGCCCUAUAAAUGUACGGAGUGUGACUAUUCAACUGCACGAAAGGGUGAUUUGAAAGAACACAUGACUACACACUCUGGCGAGAAGCCUUACAUGUGUGGUGAGUGUGGGUACAGGACGGCUGAUAGGUCUCACCUGGCCGUACAUAUGACAGGUUGCAAGCCCUAUAAAUGCACCGACUGUGACUAUUUAGCCGCAACAAAAAACUAUUUGAACCGACAUAUGUGGACUAAACACCGGUGAAAACCCUAUUUUUGUGGGUAGUGAGGAUACAGGGCUUCUGAUAGGUCCAUCCUAGCCGUUCAUAUGAGAAAACAUACUAAAGAGAUCCCCUACAAAUGUGAGCAGUGCGAAUAUUCUAUUGCACAGAAAUGUCAUCGAGACAUCACA